GAAGAAAAGUCAGGUAGUGUAAGUAUCUCAGGUAGUGUAACUUUAUUGCAAACAUUAAAAUUAAUUUUGAUUCCGUGCACAAAGAUAUAGUAAACGACUGGCGAAAAACUAUGGACGAUGAUUACAGACACACUAGUAUUACAACAACGAGUUCUGUCACAGUUGAAUAACUUGGAUUGCGUGGUAAUAACAUUGACAACCGAUGAUUCUUUUACCACUGAAAUGACACCAAAGCUUCUGAUUUCAAUGCAGCAAUAGGAUUAAACAAGGGGGAGGGGAGAGAUACUAACAAAUUUAAAGUCACUAGUCAAAUGUCUGGGUAACAAAAUAUUGAAAAAUGUCAUCAAUCUUUCUUAUCAUUGGAAUCUGAAUCACUUGCAUCAUAACCUGAAUGAGAAGAAGAAAACAGAGUAGUACGCAGCAGUGAUUUAUAUUUGGUCAACUUAAUUAUUUUUAUUUUUAAUUGUUAUCAUUUUAGCUUUCAGAAUAUUUCGAAAAUAUUUUAAAGAAGACUCAUCCAUGUAGAUACUUUAAUUUUUGUGUGUUUAAACAUAAAACCUCAAACCUCUUUCAGAAUAUUUCGGCCUAUUUUAAAGAAGACUCUGUUUUCCAAGUGUUGUUUACAAAAUUCAUUUAUAUGCUCCUGCGCACAACGUGGUCUUUAUAUGCUCACGCGCAAAACGUGAUCUAGAUGUUACGAGUUGGAACUGUUGACCUUUUAAUUUUUAUUUCACGUUAAUAAUGAUCAAUCAUUUUACGUAUGAAUAUAUACAAUAUUAAGAACUGAAAUAUGCGUGAUCAGAGUGUAAUAUAUCAUGUCACCACAUGGAUAUACAAUAUCGCACUUAUCACGGGACGGCCAGACUAUAAAACUGUCAGAUUAAACACUACUAUAUAUUUUAUUAAAUUUAUUAAUAUCUUAUUUUCUCAUCAUUUUCAAAGUCAACUAUGGCUAUGGGAAGCUUCUGCUUAAUUUGAAAAGCUAUUUAAGUACUAUUUACGUGAUAAUGGGUGAGAUAAAUUAAUUAGAAAAACUUUAAACCCAGUUUACAGAAUGGCUAUUUGCGUACGAUUAACGUGAUGUUUGAGAUAAAUUCAUUAGAAAGUCAUUGUUAGAACGCAGUUACGUACUAUUUGAUGGAAAUUUACGUACUACUCACGUGAUGUUGGCUUAUAAAUAAAAUUAUGAUUUCAUCUUCUGUAUCACUAUUUGAUUUUCCUCGUGGGAAAGCAUCUUGAUCAGAUCUAGACGUAUUAGCCAGAUAGGCAGACACCCAGUGAAAAGAUAAGUGAUGUUCAAUUAUUUGAGUUCAGUCUAAUUUUCGACCUAACAAGAGCAACGGAAUCAAGCUUUGUAGGAUUUGAAUCCACAACAAAAUUAGUGAAUUAGUUGUUUUAUUAUAUAGUUUUCGUUCAUAAUCAUUUUUGUACAAAACGUUAUGAUGCCUCACCCCGCCCACAGUUAAUGGGCAAUCCACGUUCGCUCACUCGGCAUGUAGGUCCCAUCCUGUCUGACGAUGAUGCGUUAAAUUUUCUAAAGUCCGAAAGUCUUGUUUACUGACCUUUUUCCGUGCUUUGGCCUCACUCACACGGUAUCGCAAAUCACUUCCCGAUAGGUCACUCAUCCUUUUCACUACUCCAGCUCAAACACGCUUAACUCUGGAGUUCUAAACGGAUGUGUGACGGAAAAAGUAAGUCAACUUUGGUGACAUAGGUAACCAAAUCAAUUCUCUUAAACCUUUCCAUAUAUCACAACUCGAGAUGUUACAAUUAACCCCCUCUCAAAAAACGCAACGUCCUCGUUGCGCCCCAUGACAGGUCUCAAGACGCCUCUCGGAUCAGAACCGAGAUGGCUAACCAGCUCUGAUACCACUUAUAACACCCCACCCCGUCCACAACUAAUGGGCCACCCACACCCGCUCACUCGGCCCGUAGACCCCAUCCCGUCUGACGGUGGUACGUUAAAUUUUCCAUAGUCCAAAAGUCUUGUUUACUGUUUAUGUAAUCACCACUCCGCCUUUCCCCGUGCUGUGGCCUCACUCACACGGUAUCGGAAAUCAGUUCUCGAUAGGUCAUCCAUCAUUUUCACUACUCUAGUCCAAGCACGUGUAACUCUGGAGUUCUAAACGGAUGUGUGACGGAAAGGUAAGUCAACUUUAGUGACAUAAAUAAUCAAAUCAAUUCUCUUAAGCUUUUCCAUAUAUCACAAUUCAGGAUGUUACAAAAGUUUCACUUAAAUUUAUAGUUAUCUAAUCCAAUAAAUAAAAACUGAUUUUAUUACUAAAAAUAUAAAGAUUCUCAAAUCGUUUUUAAGCAAAUUCCUUAGCAAAAGUUAAAGAUUAAUGAUUUGGGUAACAAAAAAAAUCAGAGAUUAAAACAUUUGACCAAUAAAUUUUAAAAAUUUUGGCUGGUAAAAAUAUAUAGUUGAAUAGUUAUUGGCAACUUAGUGAUAAAAAAAAGAAUAGUUUUUUUUUAAAGCAAAAACAAAAGAAUAGUUAUUGGCAACUUUUUUUCGUUUUCCAACACUCUUUCAUUUUAGAACACCCUACGUCUCUAUAUAAACAUCGACUUCGUUAUGCAUUGUUCCUCAAGCACCAAAUCAACUAUAAGUCGUCUAUCCGAGUCCUUAUUCACUAAAACAUGGAUUCAAAUAAGCUUAUUGCCUUUUUGGUUAUCGUCGUUACACUAUUACUGCAUGGUAAUAACUAUACCGUCGUCGAAGCACAACUCAGCCAAGGUUUCUACUCAUCAUCUUGCCCUCUUCUUCUCCCCAUCGUUCGAACUGCUGUUACUUCUGCCGUUGCAUUCGAUCCUAGAAUGGGUGCAUCUCUCCUUCGUCUGUUCUACCUCGACUGCUUCGUCAACGGAUGCGACGCUUCGAUUCUACUAGAUGACACAUCAAGCUUCACGGGAGAACAAAACGCUGCCUCAAACCACAAUUCUGCUCGAGGGUUUAAUGUCAUCGACAACAUCAAAUCAGCGGUUGAGAGAGUAUGCCCUGGGGUCGUGUCUUGUGCUGAUAUCUUAGCCAUCGCAGCUAGAGACUCGGUCGUAACCCUUGGAGGGCCUCGUUGGCGGUUGAAUUUAGGAAGAAGAGAUGCAAGAACGGCGAGUCAAGCGGCAGCGAAUAGUAGCAUUCCAGCGCCGACUUCGAGUCUGAGCCAGCUUAUUACUAGUUUCGCCAACCUUGGAUUCACCGCUAGAGAGAUGGUUGCUCUCUCCGGCGCGCACACGAUCGGGCAAGCCCAGUGCAGAAACUUUCGAACGAGGAUCUACCAAGAAACGAACAUUGACCCCACUUUCGCCGCCACACGCCAGCAAAACUGCCCGAUAACCUCCGGCUCCGGCGACGGAAAUCUAGCUCUACUGGACUCACUUACGCCGUUUGUUUUCGACAACAGUUACUUCAGGAACCUCAUGAGCCAGAGAGGUCUCCUCCAUUUCGACCAAGUGCUUUUCAACGGUGGCUCCACCGACUCCAUCGUCCGUGAGUACAGCCAAAAUGCGAGGGUUUUUCGCAACGAUUUCGCGGCGGCGAUGCUCAAGAUGAGUCAAAUUAGCCCCUUGACUGGUAGUGAUGGUGAGAUCCGGAUGAGCUGCGGGAGGACCAACUGAUUCAAACCUACUCUCCAGUCAUGUUGUUUGCUUUAAUAAAAGUCUAAUAAAACGAGCCAUGAGUUUGUUAUUUAUGAAGUUUUUUUUUUUGAAAACUAUAUUUUAUGGUGUUUUUCUAUCCACAUGAUAUGCCAGAGCCCAGAGCAAUUCUUUAUAUGGAUGGAUUAAGGAUUCACUACAAGAAAACACGCCGAAUUCCGACGGAGGUUCCGACGGACUACAAUGUCGUCGGACGUUUGUGACGGAUUUCUGACCAAUUUCCGACGAAAACAAAAAAUUUGAAGUCGUCGGAAUUCCGUCGGCCAUUUCCGACGAAUUUCCGAAGAAAAAUGGUUCGUCGGAAUAUUCCGACGACUUUUUGACGACAUUCCGAUAAAACAUAUAACCGUUGUAGUCGUCGGAAAUUCGUCGGAAUAUACCGACGAACUUCCGAGGACAUUCCGAUUAACAGAUAUAACUGUUACCAUCGUCGGUAUUCCGUCGGAACUUUCCGACGAAUUUCCGACGAACCAUGUUUCCAUCGGAAAUUCCUCGCAAAAUACCGACGACAUAGCGACGACAAAGGGUUCCAUUGAAGUUUGGAAAUUUCCUCGGUAAUUCGUCGGAAUAUACCGACGACAUUCCGACGAACUUGUCUAGUUCGUCGGAAUGUCGUCGGUAUAUUCCGACGAAUUACCGAGGACAUGUUUUUCUAAAAAAUUUCAAACAUAAAAAUCAAUAAAUUUAGAUGCCAAAACAAUGAAAAUAACACAUAAUAAGUGUUUAAUAUAGUAUUAGAUCACAACCGUUCAAAUAUAACAACUCAUUAAAAUAUUUAUGUAUGCAUAUCAUUGUUUUCAUAACAUCUCAUCUUAACACUCAUAUACUUAUACAAUCAUAUUCAUCUAAUCUUACACUACAAAAAAUGUUGUUGUGUAAAAUCGUGUUAUAAAAACAUUUUUAUUGUUAAAUCUUUAUGCAAAUACUAUAUAUAUUAUCAAAGAUUUGGAUUUUGCAUUUAGAAACUUGUAAUCAACCCCUAAACACUAAGUCGUCGGAAUUCGGUCAGAAAAGGUCGUCAGUAUUCCGUCAGAAUAUACUGACGGACACCAAUUCCGUCGGAAUAUACUGACGGACACCAAUUCCGUCGGAAUUUCAAUUUACCCGGGAAAGCCAAACCGCGUGAAAAUUUUUCCGAACCGCCAAUCGGUAUAUAUUUAAUUAUCCCGACGGAAUACUGACGAACCUGUGUCCGUCGGAAACGUUAAAUAUAAUUACUCUUCUUCUUCCUUCUUCGUUAUUUCCGCCUCCGCCUCUCUCUCAAUCCUCUCCGCGAUUUCUCUCCCUUUCACGGCGAUUCCGACCAUUCUCGAGCUCCUAUCACCUGCGAACCCUCUUCUCACCCUCAUAUCUCUUCCCCAAACCCCAAAUCAUGUAAGAAUCAUCCCAACCUUGUUUUAUCUCAUUUUUUUAGGGUUUUGGAAGUUAGAUCUCGGAUUUUAGGUUGUUUGAUUGAAAAUUUUA